GCUUAGUGUUCUCUGAUUGGCUACGUGGCGCCGUCCUAAUCUCCUAUUGGCUGGACGGCGCCCCGGCUCCUCCCCUAAGGCGGUGUUGUUCUCCCGCUGUCAGUGCAGUCCUGCAGUCUGUGAGGAUGGCUCGGGGUGGUAUCAUCCUGAUUUGGGGGGUGUCCGCGGUUUUCCUUCUGGUCUUGUCCCUGGCCGCGGCCGAUAUCCCCCCUCGUAAUGAGACGGCCCGGGUGGCCCGCUAUGUGGCUCACCGCUGUGACUGGGGCGCCCUGGCUACUAUCUCCAGCCAUGACCCGGUCCGCGGACAGCCCUUCUCCAAUGUGUUCUCUGUGAGUGACGGGCCCCGGGGCCACAGCAGCGGAGUCCUCUACUUCUACCUGACCACCAUGGAGAUCUCCGUGCAGGACCUGCAGGUGAACCCAAACGCCUCCCUGACCAUGUCUUUGGCGCAGACUCCAUAUUGCAAGCAGGAGCACUACGAUCCCCAGAGUCCUCUCUGCGCUCACAUCAUCGUGUCUGGCAGCGUCCAGAAGGUGGCCGCUACGGAGGUGGACGCAGCCAAGAUGGCGUUGUUCAGCCGCCACCCGGAGAUGGCUAGCUGGCCUCGUGACCACGACUGGUUCUUUGCCAAACUCAACAUCACGAACAUUUGGGUGCUGGAUUACUUUGGCGGCAUCAAAACUGUGACGCCGGAGGCAUAUUACCAAGCCAAACCUUAAUCUGAUACAACGUUACACUGGAUCCUUCUCUCCUCGUUCCAGGAGCCGUUGUGGUUUCCGUUCCGGCGUGCCUUUUUCCUCUAUGAUCUGCUAUGCGUGCUUUUGUCCGGCCUCACAAUAUUCCGUCGUCAGGGCCUAAACAGUGACCCUCUCCUGCCCUGAUCCCCCUCCAUGUCUGUCCUGGCUUGCCUUGUCCAGUGAUUAGCUGACCGGGCGCUUCUUCCAUGUAUGCAGAAGGGGAUCAGGGGCAGGUGAGUUUUUUUAUUUAUUUUUUUCAUGCCAGCCGGAGCCUGUUCUAUACCUUUUUAAGCAAUUAAAGGGGUACACAGUCCCUAAUCAUCAUAUCGCCUAUCCAAAGGAUAGAGGAUAAGAUGUCUGAUUGCGGAGGAUCCAUGUUCGUGACGCCACGCCCUAUCAAUUCAUGUCUAUGGGAGGGGGCGUGACUGGUUUACAUAGCCAUCACGCCUCCUCCUAUAGACACGAAUGGAUGGGGCGUGACAACUGUGGUCGUCAGUCACCUGCACCGGAUGACUGGGGUGCCCAGCCGGACCCCCGCGAUCAGACAUCUUAUCCCCUAUUCUUUGGAUAUCUAGGGAAUAAGGUGUUUUGGGGUGGAGUACCCCUUUAAAGUUCAAUAAACUUUUGACACUUUCUAAUAUACUUUUUAACUUGUCGCUGCAAAGGCUUGCUGGGACUUCUAGUGCAAUGUUUAAGGGGGUACUCCGCUGCUCAGCGUUUGGAACAAACUGUGCGCCGGGAGCUCAUGACGUAAUAGCCCACGCCCCCUCGUGACCUCAUGCCCCACCCCCUCAAUGCAAGUCUAUGGGAUAGGGCGUGACAGCCGUCACGCCCCCUCCCAUAGACUUGCAUUGAGGGGGCGGGACUAUGACGUUACGAGGCGUCGGCUCUAGCGUUCGGAACAGUCUGUUCCAAACGCUGAGCAGCGGAGUACCCCUUUAAGGGAUCCAGCAUUUACGAAGUCUCUUCUAUUAUAAGGCAGGCAAUUGUGAUCAUGAGGAUCGUAUUAAUAUAUAUUAUUGUGAAACUAAUAAUAAUGAAUGCGCUUACUAAGGCCGUGUUCACACGCUGUGAUACCGCAUUGUCGCUACCAAAUUCACACUCUUUUGCGUUGCGGUACAGCAACGUGUGAACACAGACUAAAGAUUGCUGUGUGUGUUUAUUGGUUUUUUUUUUUAUGUCAUUUGU